AUGCCGGCUACGAAACGUGGCGGCGGUCGUGGUCGCAAACAUGGACGUGGUGGGUUCUCACCCGAGGUAGUAGGCCGCAGUACAUCAACAGGUUCGAAGCGGCGUGCACCAGCGCUGAGUGAUACCGACAGCGACCUAGUACCUGAUGUCAGUCCCGAUUCUGCUCGUCAGACGCAGCACAAGAGACCACGUACCUCCGAGGUCAAUGCUGAACCUGAAGGCGCCGACAUCCAACAUGACGGACCUCCUAGUGGUACCGCGGAGACACCUUCUGCUGCUGUCACUGUCCGUCGUACAACACGUCAUAUUGAUCCACACCCCGCACGUACCCAAGGUCUUCACAAGCGGUCCAAGAACGAGAUCUCUAGAGGCGCAGACAAGAAACGAGCAGAUAAGCAAGUCGAAGCGGACGCACGCGAGGAGAACAGCCGCUUGCUAGCAGAAAAAGAGAGCUCAGGUGCGGCCGCAAUCGCGACGAUGAAGGACGGGCGUGUUCGAGAGGACAUCCUGCUUGACGAGGCUGGGGAACCACUUGGCGAGCGCUCCGAGGAGGAUGUUGACAUGGGCGAACAGGACGAAGGUGAGGAUGGUAUAUGGGUCGGGGAUGGGGGCAGCAGGACGGUGCAUGACGAUACUGAGGCCCAAAGUGAGUCUGGCAGUGGGCCCGAGUACGCACCGGUGUCCGCGUCAACACGCAAAGACAAGAAGCACGAGCGAGUGGCUUCUGUCCGCGCUGCCACCAGUCGUCGUCAGAGUGAACACACCUUUGAGGAGUCUGCCGCCCCAUCUCGGGAUAGUCACUCCUCGAAGACGAAAGCAAGCAAGGCCAGCUCAUCUGCCAAGAAGAACCAAGUGUCAGUGACCUCGAAGACAUCCGGUCUCAAUGAGAACUGGCGUGCCAUCAUCGACGGUGCGGGCCUUACGCAGGAUCCCACUGCGGACUUAACGACCACAGCUCCCAAGAAGUGUCGCACGAAGGGCAGCUUGAAGGGCGGACCAAAGGAGGAGAACGCAGUGCAGGAGAAAGGUCUCGAGGACGGUGAUGUCGUUUCGAGGAAGGAAGACGCAGUGGUGCUUCGGAAAUCACAAGCACAGUUUGUGGACAUCAUUGAUGUCGAGGCGGAAGCUACACCUGCCAAAGCAAAACGGACGCGCCGUGCUCCCGCCGAUGUACCUCAAGAGAAGUCUAGAGGCGCUGCCGCUGUCGUCCCCGCCGCGAUCUUUGCGGUGUGGUCCACGAAAAUUCAUCCGACACUGAUCGAACACUACGGUUCCCUCGACAAUCCCUGGGAUAUCAGCCUCGAUGACGUCCAAGAGACCAUCACGGCAAUUUUGUCUAAAGUGUGUCCGAGAUUCCGAUUCGUCGACCUCACCGACACGCAAUGCAACAAGUUCAUUGAACAUUGUGCUACGAAGGUCCGUGACUGGCGCAAGGGCCUUCUCUUGAAGGCGAAACGGCUUGUCGAUGCCGACCUCAAGCUUGUCGAAGGUGGAAAAGCUGGCCGUGCCAAGCACGUCGAGAAUGCUCUCAAGCCUCAUGGAGCGGCGUUCAAUAAUGUUGCUGACGAAAAGGCUGGCCGCAUGAAAUCUGUAUACAUACUGAAGACGUUCGCGAAGCAUCUCAAAAUCCUCGAAAACUCACACAUACACCGGCCGCGUCCUUAUGGUGCCCUCGCCUUGUGUUAUGCAGCAGUGCAGGCUUCGUUUGAGCAGUGGGAGUCUGGCAGUGACAAAGGGACCCCGGCAUGGGAUGGGGAUGCCGCGAGAGACCUGGUUCUUGGUGCCUUCAGGACUAACAUCGCGUGGCUCUCGCGUCAUCCGGAUCAGUUCGAUGCGAUCAUCAAGGCAGCGAAAGACACCCAGAAGAGCGAGAAGUACCGACAGCCACGGGAGCCCAAGCAACGGGUCGUGCGUCUUUACACACCCAGUGAAUCUGAAGGGGAGGGAGGCGAUGCACUGGGAGAUUCUGGACGCCAGUCGUCGACUGAUGUUGACGAAGAUGGGGACGAGUACAACUAG